GUCGUGAAAUCAGACGAUGUGUUUAUAGCUACAGUACAUUCUCCGCAUCGAGCUUGCAUGUCAAGUCCUGACUGACGGCGGUUUUCAUAAUCCAUCAACAUUCUUCUAGGAACGCCCGGAGAAGACGAAAAGACCAGGAGAGUUAUGGCUGGAAGUACUUCGUGCGUUAAGGUGCCAGAGGUGCGUGAGGAUUCUUGUGCAUGCCGAAACUACAACCUCACAACUACUACUGCUGAACCAUUACUCGAUUUGCCACCCAAGCUACCAGAUAUUACCAAGUUCAACUUCACGAAAUGCAUGCCGGGGUGGACCUGUGACCCGGUGAUUCCGCAUUGCGCACCUUGCCCUCCGAAUGAAACCACUACCGGAGCGCCACUGACUACUAUUGGAACGCAACAGACCGCUACUAGAACGCCACAUAUUGCUACUGGAACACCACAGACCGCAACUAGAACUCCACAUAUUGCUACUGGAACACCACAGAUUGCUACUGGAACACCACAGACCGCUACUAGAACUCCACAUAUUGCUACUGGAACGCCACAGAUUGCUACUGGAUCGACACAGACACCUGUCACCGUAAAUGUGACCAUCCAGCCACGCUGCACCACAGCGGGCUGUCCUUUGUUAUUGUUUCUGCCUCUGUUGCUGAUCUUCCUGAUUGCAGCCAUCGUGUACCGAAUUUGGCAACUUUACCACCGCAAGGAAAACAGCAUUGCCGAAUCUUCCAACGACCCGCCAACUUCACCAAUAUGUAAAUACAAAAUCCGUUUCGAUGAAAAGGCCGAUGAACCACACAAAGAUCCAGCCGAAUUACCUGCACUCGCCCAUAAAAACCCAGUAUACGAAAAUGUGAACGAGGCUGAGUUGGCUGAUCCUAUGGAGGAAGUGCUCCCGACUAGUAGUGAGGGAGUCGGCGCAACCACCAAAGAUGAAACUAGAGGGUCGGGGAGCGCAGCCGAAGAAGCCAUCAAACCCGAGGUCGAGGUUGACCAAAACAAUGAGCCACCUGAGGAAAAGACUGAAGAUAAGAGUAGUAAAAGACGCCGUAAAAAGGUCACUAGUACGAAGGGGGAUGCUGCAAAAUAGGCGGAACCAUAUUUUUAAAAAGUGACCUUUAAAAAGAUAACAUUGUGAGUUAAUCGACUAGGUUCUCGUUUACUACUCGUUCAAUAAGUGUUUGUACUGUUUGUUCUCCGGGGUUUUUUUUUUUCAAAAAAAAAAUAAUGCAUUUGGACCGUUGGAAAGACAACGUCAAAAUUGGUUUUAUUUUAAUUUCUUCUUUCACCACAAAAAAAGGUUGCCUUUAAAAAGAUAACAAUAUGAGUUAAUAAUCGACUGUGUUCUCGUUUACUGGUCCUUCCAUUAUAUAUACGUCAUCAUUUACUAAUCCUUCAAUUAUUUACUUUCCAUAGGUUUACAGAAAACUUCUGCAGACUACAUUUUUGCACUUUAGUGUUGGUACAUGUAGGUUUUGAUAACACAAAUGUGGAAAUUAUGAAAAACCGGAGGCCGUUUUUAUGUGGUUUGAGCGAUACAAUUUAACAUUGUCGAAAAGGAGGUGAAAAUAAAUGUGCAGUAGUGCUAUCCUACAAGACAAAUUUUUAUUUUUAUUUAACAUUAAUGUCAAUUACCUUGAGUAAAAUUGUACCAACGUUUUGAAGGACUUUGCCCAACGGUGAAGCCAUUGAUAUUUACACCUAAGAAGGGCGAAACCAUUUAUGAAUAAUUGUUCAUUUUGUAAAAAGUUAGACGGGGUCAUAGCCAUUCUGUUUCCAGCUCACUAAGCUGCACCUUUCUUUGUAUAUAAGAUCCUUAAAACUGACGAGAUUCAUAUCAAUUUAUUAUGCGUCAUUGUAUAUAGCAUGCAUGGGGACGCCCAUUCAUUUCAGUGUUUUAAAGUAUUUUCAACUUUAAUUCUCAUUCAAUUCGCCAAACCUCUCAUUUGCUUUUUGCCACGUGUUCAAAACAAUCCGAAACUUUGAUUUUACUUGAUCCUUACGAAGACACUUAACCCUUUUAAAGGCAAUAUUUUAAACCAAUCUAAUUAGUAUUUCAGCUCUUUAUGUUUACUUUGCUUUUUCUUUUCAUAUACUGUGCUUGACUGUUCGUUUUUCCAUCUUGCAUCCGUAUUGGUUUUUACAAUCAUGUCAUUCGUUUUUUAUACUUCUAUAAUAAACAUAGGCCUACACAUAGACCGCAGUAAGCCAAUGCGCAUAAAUGCUAUCCGAAAACGUUCUCAUAGAAA